AUGUACCCUGAUCUAUACAAGGGGCUGAACCUGAGGCUGGAGGAUUUGACGGCUUAUGACUCUCCCCUUAUCAGCUUCGAAGGGAAGACUGUUAUGCCAAAAGGGCAGAUUAGACUACCCAUACAAACUGGGUCAGAGGUGGUGGAGGUGAACUUUAUCGUGGUCGAUGCCUACUCGCCCUACACAGCGAUAGUAGCCAGGCCAUGGAUCCAUGCCCUAGAAGCUGUAUCUUCCACACUUCAUCAAAAGGUCGGCUCUGAGUUGCCUUCUCAAGAAAAAGCGGAACUGGUCGGGUUUCUGAGAAGAAAUGUCGAUGUGUUUGCAUGGGACGCUUACGAUGCCUCGGGGGUUGACCCUAGCCUUAUUUGUCACCACCUGAAUGUUAACCCAUCUUCCAUUCCAAAGAAGCAACCACCCCGACAUCCCUCAAAGGAACAUGCCAGUGCUGUUAGAGACGAAGUGACAAAACUGAAAAAGGCAGGGGCUAUCAAAGAAGUCUUUUACCCCAAAUGGCUGGCAAAUACGGUGGUAGUAAGAAAGAAAACGGGGAAGUGGCGAGUCUGCGUAGACUUCACAGACUUGAACAAGGCAUGCCCGAAAGACCCGUUCCCGUUACCUCGAAUAGACCAACUGGUAGAUGCGACUGUAGGCCACCCUCGAAUGAGCUUUCUGGAUGCCUUCCAGGGCUAUCAUUAG